CUCAGCAAGAUGUCGGAGAAGGAGGGUGCCCAGCGCAAGUGGGCGGCACUGAAGGAACGCCUGGGGCCGCAGGACUCGGACCCGACCGAGGCCAACCUGGAGAACGCCGACCCCGAGCUGUGCAUCCGGCUGCUGCAGAUGCCCUCGGUGGUCAACUACUCGGGGCUGCGCAAGCGGCUGGAGAGCAGUGACGGCCUCUGGAUGGUGCAGUUCCUGGAGCAGAGCGGCCUGGACCUGCUGCUGGAGGCACUGGCGCGCCUGUCGGGCCGCGGCGUGGCCCGCAUCGCUGACGCACUGCUACAGCUCACCUGCGUCAGCUGCGUGCGUGCCGUCAUGAACUCGCAACAGGGCCUGCGGUACAUCCUCAGCAACCAGGCCUACGUGCGCCAGCUGUCCCAGGCCUUGGACACCUCCAACGUGAUGGUCAAGAAGCAGGUGUUUGAGUUGCUGGCUGCACUGUGCAUCUACUCCCCCGAGGGCCACGAACUCACCCUGGACGCCCUGGACCACUACAAGGUCGUGUGCAACCAGCAGUACCGUUUCAGCGUCAUCAUGAGCGAGCUGUCGGACAGCGACAACGUGCCCUACGUGGCGACACUGCUCAGCGUGGUUAACGCCAUCAUCUUGGGCCCCGAGGACCUGCACACCCGUGCCCAGUUGCGAAACGAGUUCAUUGGGCUGCACCUGCUAGACGUCGUGACACAACUACGAGACCUGGAGGACGAGGACCUGCUGAUCCAACUGGAGGCCUUUGAGGAGGCGAGGGCCGAGGAUGAGGAUGAGCUGCUGCGCCUGAGUGGCGGUGUGGACAUGAGCAGCCAUCAAGAGGUGUUUGCCCACCUCUUCCACAAGGUGAGCAGCUCCCCAGUGUCCAGCCAGCUGCUCUCUAUGCUGCAAGGUCUCCUGCACUUGGAGCCCAGCCACCGCCCCAGCCAGGUGCUCUGGGAGGCCCUGGAGAGGCUCGUGACCCGGGCAGUGCUGCUGGCCAGUGAUGCUCAGGAGCGCAGCUCUGAGGAGGUGUUGGAGCGCCUGCUGUCCACCAAGGGGCGACCUCAGCCGGGAGUCCUGGGCCGGGCCCACAAGAGCAUCCAGGCCAACCUGGAGGCCCGGCAGCCAGCAACAGCCCUGAGCUGCCCACCUGUGGCACCCCCAGUCCCAAGCUCCACCCCUGCGCCCCCGCCCCCUCUCCCAGGUCCUGGGACCACUUGCCCUUCCCUGCCUCCUCCCCCUCCCCCUCUCCCAGGUCCUGGGACCACUUGCCCUCCCCCGCCCCCUCUCCCAGGUCCUGGGACCACUUGCCUUUCCCUGCCUCCUCCCCCUCCCCCUCUCCCAGGUCCUGGGACCACUUGCCCCCCACCACCCCCGCCCCCUCCCCCAGGUCCUGGGACCACUUGCCCACCCCCACCCCCACCCCCACCUCUCCCAGGUCCUGGGACCACUUGCCCUCCCCCGCCCCCUCUCCCAGGUCCUGGGACCACUUGCCCUUCCCUGCCUCCUCCCCCGCCCCCUCUCCCAGGUCCUGGGACCACUUGCCCCCCACCACCCCCGCCCCCUCCCCCAGGUCCUGGGACCACUUGCCCCCCACCACCCCCACCCCCUCUCCCAGGUCCACCGCCCCCUCCACCAUUGCCAUCCAUGGGCUGCCCACCCCCACUGCCCGGCCCCCCUGGAGUGGACAGGGUAGAAGAAGUCAUCGUGUCCCAGGUGGACCACGGCCUGGGCUCCGCCUGGGUCCCCAGCCACCGGCGUGUGCACCCGCCCACACUGCGCAUGAAGAAGCUGAACUGGCAAAAGCUGCCAUCCAGUGUAGCCCGAGAGCGCAAUUCCAUGUGGGCAACGCUGAGUGGCCCAGGUGUGGCCGUGGUGGAGCCCGACUUCCCCAGCAUCGAGCGGCUCUUCUCCUUCCCGGCCGCCAAGCCCCAGGAACGACCAGCCGCCCCAGCCCGGAAGGAGCCCCGGGAGGUCACCUUUCUGGACUCCAGGAAGAGCCUGAACCUCAACAUCUUCCUGAAGCAGUUUAAAUGCUCUAACGAGGAGGUCGCAGCCCUGAUCCGGGCCGGGGACACCUCGCGGUUUGACACAGAGGUGCUCAAACAGCUCCUGAAGCUACUCCCAGAGAAGUACGAGAUUGAGAAUCUGCGGACCUUCACUGAAGAACAAAGCAAGCUGGCCAGUGCCGACCAGUUCUACCUGCUGCUUCUGAGCAUUCCCUGCUACCAGCUGCGGGUGGAGUGCAUGCUGCUGUGUGAAGGCACGGCUGUGCUGCUGGACAUGGUGCGGCCCAAGGCCCAGCUGGUGCUUGCCGCCUGCCAGAGCCUGCUCUGCAGCACCCAGCUGCCUGUCUUCUGCCAGCUGAUCCUGAGUAUUGGGAACUUCCUCAACUACGGCAGCCACACAGGGGAUGCUGACGGCUUCAAGAUGAACACCCUGCUCAAGCUCACUGAGACCAAGUCCCAGCAGGGCCGAGUGACGCUGCUGCACCAUGUGCUGGAGGAGGUGGAAAUGACCCAUCCGGAUCUCCUACAGCUCCCACAGGACCUGGAGCAACCAUCCCAAGCUGCAGGUAUAAAUCUGGAGGCCAUCCGCUCCGAGGCCAGCGCCAACCUGAAGAAGCUGCGUGAAGCCGAGCGGAAAGUAGCGGCUUCGGUGGCCGAGGUGCAGGAGCAGUACCAGGAGCGGCUACAGGCCAGCCUCGCCGCCUCACAGGCGCUGGAGGACGUGUUCGACGCCAUUGAGCGGCGGAAGCUGGAGCUGGCCGAGUACCUGUGUGAGGACCCCCAGCAGCUCUCCCUGGAGGACACCUUCAGCACCAUGAAGACCUUCCGGGAGCUCUUCCUGCGCGCGCUGAAGGAGAACAAGGCACGCAAGGAACAGCUGGCCAAGGAGGAGGCACGCAGGCUGCGGGGCGAGGAGGCCAAGCCGGCCAGGAGAGGGCCACCACAGCAGGAGGAGGUGUGUGUCAUCGACGCCCUGCUGGCAGACAUCAGGAAGGGCUUCCGGCUGCGCAAGACGGCUCGUGGCCGGGGUGACCCCGAGGCCAGCGGCAAGACAGGCACCACGGAUGCCCCCAAGGCUGCGGCACCUGUGGCCGCCAGUGACCCCACGCCUGGCCAUUCGUGCCCUGAGCCCCCAGGCUGGGACUUGGUGGAUGCCCUGAGCUCUAGCCCCCAGCCCCCUGAGGAGGACGGCCCCCAGCCCCAGGAACGGCGCUCCUCUUGGUAUGUGGAUGCCAAUGACUUCCUGCCCACCAAGGACACCCAGAGUCCCCAGUCCCCCGAAGGGGCCUGGCCAGUGACUCUGGGAGACGGUCAAGGCCUGCAGCCCCUCGUCUUCAGUGACAAGCCCCCCAGGGUAGAGAGCUCCAGGCAGGAAGCCCAGCACCGUGCAGGGUCGGGGGGCGACCAGGAGGCUGACAGCACGGGCCAGGGCCCAGGCCUCAGUGCCGGCCACCCAGCCGUGGACAGCAGCGAGCCUGGGGAUGAGGAGGGCACGGCCCCAGAGUCCACACUGGACACAUCCCUGGACAAGUCCUUCUCCGAGGAUGCGGUGACAGACUCCUCAGGCUCGGGCACCUACCCCCGAGCCCCAAAGGGGCCAGGCCGGCGGAAGAAGCGGCGCCCUGCUCGGAGCCAGGAAGGACUCAGGCCCAAACCCAGAGCCUAGUGACAGCAUGUGCUGCCAAGCAACACCUGGGGUCCAGGCUGGGACUGGCCCCCCGGAGACCGACAGCCGGGCCGCCUCGGGGCAGCAUGGCCAGGACCCUCAGGCACCAGCUGCACACCUGGCCCCCGAGGCCUGCUUUGCACCCAGCAAGGUCCACAGCCGUGGGGUUGGGGCCAGCACAUGGUCAGCGCCCCCACCCCUGCCCUACCCAGGCCUGCCUCCUGCCAUGCUGCUGUUUAACCCAGCACAUUCCUGCCACUGGCAGACCCAGAUGCCCUUGGAUGGGAAGGGCUCUGCCUGCAGCCAGGAUGUGGCCACAUCACAGCGGCCUCCUCCCUCCCAGGGGGCAAGAGCAGCCUGUCCCGCCCCCAGCCGUGCCCUCAGCCCCAGUGCGUGCUGCCAGAACA